GUUUCAAAAUCUGAAUAACCAAGGCCCCAUCUAAACCCUCUCUAUUCUUCGUCGUUCCCGUGGGAGUGGUCUUUCUGUGAGAGAAGCGCGGAGAAGCGGGGAAAGGAGAAAUGGAUCGUCUCGAUGAAGACUGGGACUUCAGCGCCGAGGAGCUCGAACUCCUGGAGCAAGAUGCAUUCAGAAAGAUUGCGGAGAGGAAGUUGUCCUCAGCCACCGCAGGCUCCUCGUGUUGCUCCCCUUCCGUUUCACAUCUUUCGCCGCCUGCCUCUGCUUCCAUUUACAAACCUUGUCAAGCACCUCCCUCAAGAACUUCUUUGGAAUCUCGAUAUGACAAUGUUGAAGUUCCUUCAGGAUUGCUUGAUGAUAACUCUCUAAGCACCAAUGACUUGCCUCAACUCUCUGUAAGACUUUAUCUUCACUCUACCGGUCUCAUUGCUGCAAAGUUCUCUUAUAGCCCGAUUCUAGUGCAGGCAGUUCACAAAGUUCCUAAAGCUAGUUGGCGACCAGAAGAAAGAUUAUGGUUAUUUCCUCUUUCCUCUUUGAAGACAGCAGAACAUGUUUUUAGUGGAGUGAGCGGUGCUAAUGUUGAGUUGCAGAGUCUAGAUCCAUUGGCAUGCCGCGCUAUUGUUUGUGCAAAUGCUGCCCCAGACCUUUCUGCUUUAUAUGAUAGGAUACCAAGCUACUUGGAAUCAAAACUUCUUCCAUUUCAGCGAGAAGGUGUAAGGUUUGUGUUACAGCAUGGUGGACGAGCUCUUUUGGCAGAUGAGAUGGGGCUUGGGAAGACAUUACAGGCACUUGCAGUUGCUUCUAGCCUUGGUGAGUCCUGGCCUGUUCUCGUUCUGACGCCCUCAUCCUUGCGGCUGCAUUGGGCUUCUAUGAUUCAUCAAUGGCUUGGCAUCCCUGCUGGAGAUAUACUGGUAGUCUUAUCUCAAGCUGGAUCAACUAGAGGAGGUUUUAAGAUAGUUUUCUCAAGCCAGAAGUUAGCUAUACGACUGGAUGGCACUUUCAACAUAGUAUCCUAUGAUUCAGUCCCUAAAUUACAAAAUGUUCUUUUGUCUUCUGCUUUUAAGUGCAUUAUGAGCAAGAAAAAUGUCAAAGUUUCUUUUGAUCUGCUGCAAUUAGCGUUGCUGAUUGUAAUUGCAGAUGAGUCACAUUUUUUGAAGAAUGGUCAAGCCAAGAGAACAAGCGCUUCACUUCCAAUUCUCCAGAAAGCUCAAUAUGCAAUUUUACUAAGUGGAACUCCUGCUUUAUCACGUCCUAUCGAGUUAUUUAAGCAGCUUGAAGCCUUACACCCUGAGGUGUAUAGAAGUGUGCAUGAGUAUGGUAAUCGAUAUUGCAAAGGUGGUGUUUUUGGAUUGUACCAAGGUGCGAGCAACCAUGAUGAGCUGCAUAGUUUGAUGAAAGGCACUGUGAUGAUUCGUAGGCUGAAGAAUGAUGUUCUUUUAGAACUCCCUGUGAAGCGCCGACAACAGGUAUUCCUGGACUUGAAUGAAAAAGAUUUGAAAGAGACCAGGGCCUUGUUUCGUGAGUUGGAGGUAAUAAAGAGCAAAAUCCAGACAUGCACCGAAGAAAAUUUAAAGGCGCUAAAAUUUACUCAGAAGAAUCUUAUCAGCAAGAUAUACAAUCACUCGGCUGAAGCUAAAAUACCAGCUGUUCUUGAUUACUUGAGCACUGUCAUUGAGGCAGAUUGCAAAUUCUUAGUAUUUGCACACCAUCUACCAAUGAUUGAAGCGAUGCAUCAAUUUUUUUUGAAGAAGAAGGUUGGUUGCAUUAGAAUUGAUGGUAGUACUCCGGCAACAUCAAGACAAGCUUUAGUAACUCAAUUCCAGGAAAACUCUGAAAUUAAGGCAGCAGUCCUUUCUAUUCUAGCUGGAGGUGUUGGGAUAAAUCUGACAGCUGCAAGCACUGUCAUCUUUGCUGAGCUUUCUUGGACCCCGGGUGAUUUGAUUCAGGCAGAAGAUCGUGUUCAUCGAAUUGGUCAGGUAACGUCAGUAAAUAUUUACUAUCUUCUGGCUAAUGAGACUGUUGAUGACAUAAUCUGGGAUGUUGUGCAAAGCAAAUUGGAGAAUUUAGGCCAGGUACUAGAUGGUGAGGAAAAUACGCUGGAAGUGGCGUGCUCCCAAACAAUGAGCAGCCCUGCAAAGCAGAAAACCUUGGACUCCUUCCUGAAACGUUGCCCCAGUUUUCCAACUACUUCCCCCAAAACUAAAAUUCUAAAGUAUUGAAAGAAACUCUUUUUUUUUUUGGUAACUAGUAUGUAUAUAAGGUUUAUUUAGUGUAGUAUAUGAAUAUUUAUCGCUAUCGUUUUGGUCGCUUAUUUCCUCUAAAAUAUAUAUUUUAAAAAAUCU